AUGAAAGAAGCCCCAACACCACUCGCAUGGCGAACGAACAGCCCUGUCAGUCGAUGACCUCGAUCGACUUGCCACAAUACGGUCCUGGCCCAGGACACGGCUCAGUAGUUCUCACAAUGCUUGGGGAGUGUCGACUGAUCAAUCCCUCAACAGGGAAGCCUCCGUGUAGUAAGUAACGCGAACAGCAAAACGUUUAGGGGAGCAGCCCGUUGAUAUACGUUCAUGAUGUCAACCAACCAUCCAUCCAGCCUUAGCCGCAGAUACCGAACGGGUGGGCCGAUCCGAACUUUGCGCGAGACAAACCGGCCUCGAGCUCGCGACACCCGAAGGGGUCGUCGUGGAAGCUCUGCAACGAAUACGGGACAAAUUUUCUCAAGAAAUGGCUGCAGCAUGCAGCGUAGCUACGGUUUCGAGUAAGUAACUUCAUGAACUGUGCUCUAGGUGUGGGAUUAUUGAGCAGCUAAUGGAAAACUACCAAACAGCAUUUCCCUUCAACACGUCUUCGUUGAAUGUCAACCCUCGAGUUGCUUUCCUCCACCAUCAACUGGUGACAGUGCAUUCGUGAGUUAUCACUUGACAUCGGCUGUGCAAUCGGGUAUGACGGAAAAACUGAUACGAAAAACAGACAUUGGAUCGUCAGGGACAGGAGGUGACCCUAUCCCCGAAAAGCGGGGGCACCCAUCGUGGCCUGCCUGGGAAAACGACAUCGAUGCCCACAAAAACCCCAUAUUCUACAACAACGCUCGCGAAGGAAGCAGGCCACGGGAAAAUACAGCGGAAGGAUUGACUUCGUACGGUUGAGAAUCCGGGUCCAUGGGACACUAAAUGUGAGUCUUCGUUGUCAUUGCUACAGAUGGACAACAGCAAGAAUACUGAUAGCUGUAAUAAACGAAUCACGCAGAAAAACAGGCUCUGGUUCCGUGGAUUGCGGCUCACCAUCCCGUGGCAGAUCCUCAACGGCUCGGUUCGGGGGAGUGACCGUCGUGUUGAUCAGGUGUGUGCCAAUCUUUCAAAAGCAAAGCGUAGGGCAGCAUGACUAACUGACCGGUUGGACUGUAACAUCACAGGGGAUCCGAAGCGAUGCCUUCCCGUCAUUCCAAGUCAUCGCCUGCACAAAUCGUCGACGCUUGCAUCAUGGAAUGCUGACUUCUGGGGGGAAGUUGAGGUGCUGCAUCUCUCUGUAAGUAGUAUAGUCCUUGCCUGACUUUUAGGCCCUAUACUAACAGCGGCACGGUGCAAGGGCAGACAAACAUGCCUCUUCUGGCCGUUGCAGACCGCAGCAGUGGCGCUCCGACGUGAUCUUCUCCUGCCGGCAACCACGACGAACAGAUCCAGGUUGAUCAGACACGUUUAUCCCGGCCCCGCGCUCGAACUGGAAAAUAUGUCGAUAGGCGAAUAAGUCGAAUACUUCCGACAUCGAGCAAUUCUGGCGCCCAAAGAUCAACGACAUGGUGCUCGACCUGCUGCCGGGUGACGCUCAAACGUUCUACAGCCCGGAUUCGGUCGUCGAAAACGAAGACGAAUCACUGUUCUCGAUCGAGUAUCUUCAGUCUCAACAUCGUCGGGAUGGCGUUGCUCCACACUCGACGCGGGUCUUGACGACGGUCUGA